AUGGCGCGUAAAGGGAUUGAUUGGGAGCACUCGCCUUGAAGAACAUGGUGAGCACGUCGGACGGUGAGACGGGGACGGAGACGGGCUGGUCCGCCUGCGGGGCCGCUUCCGGCAACACCUCGUCUCCUCCACUCUCGGAAACGAGGGUCUCCUCCUCUGCGACGGCCCUGAUGCGCAUUGCUCUCCUUUCCACAGGCGGGUUCCUCCCAUGGGACCCGAAAAGGGAGGCAGGCGUCCUCGAAGAAAGAAGGGGCGACGAGGGCAGAGCGCAGGCGGGACGAGAGCGGGAGAAGAAUCCAGUGGGCGAGCUUCUUCUGCAGAGGCGGCACGAGAGAGGGGAGUGGAGAGCGGAGAUCGACGAGGCCAUGUCUCUUCUUCCUCUUCCUCUUCCUCCUCUCUGUGGGGAUACGAAAACGCGAGCUGUUCCUUUGCUCUCACUGCUGUGGCAGCAGAAGUGGAUAUCUCAGGAUAAGUUGGCUGCCAUCACGGAACGGUGAGGUUAACCACUAUCUCAGGAGGUCAGAAAACAAAAAUGUAUCAUCUAUUCCUACAGAACUUAAAAUUGUACGUAUAACCAUUUUUCAAACAUUAUUAAAUAUCAUGAGGUCAACUACUCUUUCUCUAAAACGAAUUGUACCGUCAACUACGUAUGAUCCGAGGUCAACCCAAAGAAGAUGUCAAUCCUUUUAAUAAAGAUGAUAUGGGAGGCGGGGAGUUGGGAAAAUUAAAAUAAUAACAUUUUUUUCACGUAGUUUUAGGGAAAUAAAACUACGUAUGAUAUGUGCUUGGCAACUAACUUUUUUUAAUCGAUAAUUAGCUUUUUAGUUUAUGGUACGAUCAAGUUUAAUUUUAUAUUUGACUUUUUUAAUCUCACAAUUCUUUUAAGUCAAGAGUUUGUUGCAUAUAUAUAUAUAUAUUUUUAACUAAAUCAUUAAAAUGAUCUCUUGAAAAAGGGAAUGGACGUAUAUUCCCACGCAACUUUUAAGUUGUAUAAACCCAUUUUUUUAAAAAAUAUUAAAUAUUAUGAGGUCAACGACUCUGCCUCUAAAACGUAUUAUACCGUCAACAUAUUUGGCAUUGUUGUUGACCAAUCUUACCAUGCUAUAUAGACUACUAGACCUCAGUAUUAAUGAGCAUGAGGUCAACUGUUUCUUUGUAUGCACAUACGCUAGUAUCAACCCUUAUUGACCAAAUUGUUUGACCACUCUGAGAUUCAACUAUUAUUCUGGUGGCACUACCACAACGUUGUUGACCCAUUAGACUAGGGUGUGGCGCAUCAUGAGGUCAACUAUUGUUCUUGUGCAACUCACAAGAGUCAACAAGAGGCCAGACUCCAACUCCCUAGAUUUCGUCCAGUGAAACAAUUUACUAGCAGAAAUCAACUCACAAGAGGCCAGCCUUUUUUUCUUUUUCCUUUUAUAGCAUUCAAAGACGACCAUUUGAGCUCAGAAAUCGCCGCCACCAAACGCAUGAAACUCAAGAAACCACGAAGCACAGUUCAUAUGAUCUUAGCUUGGAUGGAAACAUUGUCAACUCCACAAGGUUAGCUUCAUCACGAGCAAACCUAUUUUUUUUUUUUUAAUCACAUUAAACAUAAGCUCAUCAGGAAUUUCUCACAUGACAGACCAAUAAUACCUCUAUUUUAUUGGAUUUCACAGCCAUGGUGACGAUGCCCGCCAUCUCUUUGACAAAAUGAGGAACCCAGAUGAUGAUGAGACAUCAUUGGAGAUUGUUGAAUUCUGGGCCAGACUGA